GCAGGAUCCGGGCUCGCCCGAGCGGUGGGCAGCGAGCUUGCUCGACCCGAGAGCCGGCUGGCCGAUGCAAGUCGCCGCCGCCCUCGCCGGACUGGUGCACGGCCUCUCGUACGAGCGCUGGCUCGAGGACCGGAUGCCGUGCGAAGAGGCGGAGCGGCGGCUGGAGCAUCUCGCGCGCGAGGUUGGCAUCGAAGCCGUGCAGGUUGAGGACGCGGCGGGCAGGCAGGCGCUCGACGCAGCGGGUGCUGGCGCAGGCGACGCUGCGCAGCCUCCGAGGGCGGAGGAGCGCUCGCUCUGCUUAAUCUGCGAGGAGUGGCCGCACACGGUCCGCUUCUAUCCUUGCGGCCACGCGUGUGUCUGCACCAAGUGCGAGCCGAAGGCGCGCGCUCACUUCAAGGACUGCUGCCCCAUCUGCAAGUCGCCGAUUUGCUCCGUCGAGCGCGGCGAUCACGUCGGCAAUGCGCCCACGUACGUUUUCCGCCGCUGAGACUCGACUGCCACAUACGGUCCCGCACUCUGCAGUCUGCGCUCUGCACUCUCUGUGUCCACUCUCUACGUCACGGCUCCACGCACCAAUACGCGGCGGACUACGAACGUGGUACACGGUGCGCUCUGCACACCGCGCACACACAGUCGAGAGUAGCCAGUACUCUACACCGCUCUCUCUGUCUCUUGGGAUUUACCACAAUUCCAUGUUUGUCUCCGCUUUGAGACAUUGAGAGUCGGCACGCGGCUGCUGGGCCUUUGAUUCCGUGGCCCGUGCGCCGGUCUGGCCCUGCCAAAGCCGCACAAGAGUGCGGCCUGCGUUGAUGAGCGUGAGCGUGA